AUGUGCCUUGCAUUAGGCACGGCGCCGCGGCCAUUGCGAUGGGGUCGCAAGGACAGGGCUGCGCGGGCGAGCUGCAUCAAGGACUUCGUCAAACGUCCCGAGAAGUUCGUGAUUGACAAGCUGCGCAGAGAGAACAGCUCGCCGAAGUGGGAGGGGGCGACGUGCCCUCACUGCGGCGAGGGCGUCUUGGGGCCUCUGAAGGACCACGGGGAGAAGAAGGGCGGGCGGGGGCACCGUUGCAGCCGCAGUUUGUGCAAUCGCCGCAUGACGCCGCGCUCCUUCCACCGCAUCUUCAGCAAGGGCACGGUCCAGUCCUUCUCAACCCUUGCAGACCAGGCCGCCAUUCUCUUCUGCGCGGUCGCAGGCUGUCCGCAAACGACCACGCGCCUCUUGGCGCAGAGGAACCACAAGGCCGUCGAGAGCAUCUACGGCUCGCUCCACGGCGCGCAGUGGGCAGACGUCGAGGCAGACGAGGUGGACUUGGGGAAGAUGGAGGAUCCCGCCGCUGGGCCCCGCACUGCGACGCCAGUGAUUUGGGAGCAGCGGGGCGGGAUCGUACAACGUGGCGCCCCCGAGUCUCUUGUGCUGUUCCGCCUCCAGCCGAAGAAGACCAAGCGUCGGGCUCCUGGCCCUGGCCCUAUCCGCAAGGCGGGUUGGGCGCCUCUCUCGAAGAAGUGGCUGAAGAACAGGAACGUGAUCUUCCACACGGACGGCGCGCGGUCUUACAAGCUGAAGGAGCAGGGCGUCGUCCACGACUGGGUCGUUCACAAAAAGAAGAAGGCCAAGGUCAAGGGCAAGUGGAUGUGGCUCAAGCCGUCGCACAGCCAGAAGCGGUACCACGACGUCCCCGACCCGAUGAAGGCUGGCGCCAAGAAGCGGAUCUGGGUCAAGACUGGCACGCAGAUCAUCGACGGCGUGUGGCGCGAGCUCCGCCGCUUCGUCGGCAAGACCAAGGCCGUCGGCUCGGCGCACCUCAUGCAAAAGGCCCGCAGCUUCCAGUGGGCGCACUGGAACCGCGGCAAGGACCUCUGGCACGAGACGGGCGCCAUGCUGCAGGAGGCCUGGGCCAAGAAACGCGGCUGGUGA